AUGCCCUCGCGUACGGCAGGCACCGAGCUGACAGCCGCGUCAACCUCGGACGCCCGAGACUGCGCCGUGUUUGUCGACGGCGAGGAGCUCCCGUCCACCAGCAAGCCUGGCGGCGACGGUACCGCGGCAUCAAACAUCUACAUUGAGGUCGAUCUCUCGACACAGGCCGCCGAGACGGCCGCACGCAGACGCGAUCCCUUCCCGGGGCAGCUGGACGCCGCGCCUACGGCAGGCUACACGACCGUCCGCGGCGUGCUCUCGAGCAGGUACAUGCUCUCGCAGGUCCUCUUCAACAUGGUUGGCUCGGCCACCGGGCCUCUGCUGUGCUUCUACCUCCUCUUUGGUGUCAUAUCCACGGGCCCGUACAGCUGGGACGCGCCCGAGGUCAUCGGGCCGAUCCUGGGCUCGCCCUUCUUCGCCUCCUUCCUAUGCCCGCUGCUUGCGCCGGCCGGCCUCCCCGAGGCGACGGCCUGGGGCUUUGCCAAGGUCCCUCUCACCGCAACCGCGCGCUACGCGCGCCUCUUCCCGUUCCUGGGCACGCACCCCGCCUGGCGGCACUCGCUGCUGCGGCACAUGCUUGUCGGCGCGCAGGUGUCGGUCCUCGCCUGGCCGACGGCGCUGCUCUUUGCGCGCUUCGUCCUCGGCCCGACUCUCUCCACCUGGACGCAGAUCCUGGGCGGCGUCGGCUACUGCGUGCUGCUCGCGCCGCCCAUCACGCUGCUCGCGCUGCUCUCGCUCGCGGUGGAGCCGCAUUAUGCGCGCGCCGUCGACGGACUCUCCUUCGACCCGAGCCCGUGCAGGCGGCUCUGGCUGCGGGUGGGCUGGUGCCUUCGCCUGAUCUGGUGA